CAUUCAUUGUUUUCCGGCACCCAUACCCGCCAACUUCUAAGGAAACUGAGAAACCCUUGAACAAACCAAAACCCCGUUUCGCAAAAUGCUCCAAAACGAGGACGAAGCAGAUGGAGGUGGGUUUGUUCCUACACCAAAGCGAGAAGAGAUUCAAGGUUCGUCUGAAGAUUACGAUAAGAAGAGUUCAAACAAGAGGCUGAAAGAUGUUGAAAUUAGUGUUCCAAUAGUGUACGGAACGAUGGCAUUUUGGCUCGGUAAAAAGGCCAGUGAGUCUCAGUCACAUAAAUGGAUGGUUUAUGUGCGUGGGGCGACGAACAAGGAUCUGAGUGCAGUGAUUAAAAGAGUUGUAUUCCAACUACACCCCAGCUUUACUAAUCCAAUGAGAGUGGUUGAAUCUCCUCCAUUCGAGUUAUCAGAAUGUGGUUGGGGUGAAUUUGAAAUUGCCAUCUCCAUCUUUUUCCACAGUGAUGCUUAUGACAAGCAGUUGACCUUGUUUCACCAUUUGAAGCUGUAUGCUGAAGAGGAAUUUUGUCCUCUGUCAACAAAGAAACCUGUUAUUGUGGAAUCUUAUGAUGAGAUUGUUUUUCCUGACCCCUCAGAGGCGUUCUUUGCUCGUGUACAGAAUCAUCCAGCUGUAAUUAUGCCUAGGCUUCCGGCUACUUUUGCCCUGCCCCUUGUACCAAUUGAGCAUGAGGAUGAGGAGAAGAAAGGCAAUACUACAGACCAUUUGCUUAGUCAGUGGUUCAUAAAUUUCUCAGAUACGGAUGAGCUAGUAAAACUGGCAGCAGCUCGUCAGCAGGUUAGAACCAGUGCAAUCUCGUAUUGUUAUGCUGAGAAGACAAAUGAUGACUGAUGGGGUGCCUCAUCCACUGGAACCAGCAUGUGUUUCGUGAAUAGACAUGGUUAUGCCUGACUUUUUGGAGUUUCCUCGUCAGUGGAAAUGUAAAGAAUUACCCAACAAGGAUAGUGGAUUAUUGACUUCUAGAAUACUUAGCCUAGCGUGCCUUCUUUCUCCCCUCUCUUUGUCUUCUGCUUUUAUCUAACUCCUCGCUAUCCUGGAUUGAGGGGGACCUUUUUUGUUUCUUUCUUCUGUCACGGCCAAAUGACUGAAGUUUGUAACUAACGAUUACCAAUGUGGCAUUUGAGUGACCGGAACAAUUGUUUUUAUCCGUACGUUGUCCUCUAUAAUUGUCUGGUAAAGAAAAAUUGAAAACUUGCAGCAAGUUCCGUUU